AUGGGCUGUCGCGAGUGUUGCUCCAGCAUUCGCGAGAACAUCCUGUGCUACUGCCUGCUCACCGUCGCGUUCGUCGUGCUCACCGCCGUCGCCGUCAUAAUCGCCGCCUUUGGCGUCCUCCGCCAAGUCACCAUCACCGUGGAUGACGCCUCGCUGACCAGGUUCGAGCUCGCGACCGCCCCGGCGACGGGGCUGGCAUACAACCUGUCGCUGGUGCUGGCCGUGCGCAACAAAAACUGGGCGAUGACCAUGACGAACGAGGAGGCGCUGGAGGCCGCCUACUUCUUCGACGACCAGCAGUUCGAGCGCGUCCAGCUCAGCGACAAGGGACACAAGUACGACGCCUCGAAGACGACGCUGCACCGCCUCGUCAGCGGCUCCGACAGCAGCGUCGUGACGCUGGGCAACGCCGGCGUGGCCGAGUUCGGGAAGCAGAAGGCCAAUGGGACGUUCGAGCUGAAAGUGAAGGUGACCGGCAAGUUGAAGUACACGGCGCGCUACACCAAGUGCAAGAUAGAGGCUACCUGCAGCCCGAUCAAGCUGAAGGUGGUCGCCCCGUCGUCAGCGAAUCCGGAGCCGGGCGUCGUCGUCCUGUUCGAGAAGGUCAAGUGCAAGCUCGCCAAGGCAGAAAAGUACUGCUAG